UUCAACAUUUUUUCAUCCAAUUUUUGUCAAAUUUUGCUGAAAUUCAUGAUUUUCUCCAACUUUUAAAGAUUAGUCCACUCUAUUAACUGAGUGCAAUGCUCAUUUUCACUAUUAUAAGCGAUAAAACUUGCAUGUAAAAUGAUGCAAACGUUCAGUUUCAACCCAUUUCAACUCUAUUAAGCUAAUUUCUCUAUUAACCGACAACACAUUAAGCGGAACUCACUGUAUCUGUACCCGAAUCAACUCAAUACAUCCACUAGCGGGUUUAGCCGGUAUUUUAACCAGAUACUGAUAAGCAGGUUGCAUAACCAUUUUCAGUUCUGAUAUGUAGCUAAAGAACUAACGUAGCAUCGCAUAAUUCUCUUCCUCAGACCUAUACUCAUUGUUCAAUUUCCCAGCACAUUGGCAAGGUUGUUGGAAGCGGUUUUUGCCAUUCUAAUCUGUGAUUUAAUUUCUUUAUGAUCUCUACCAUCAUUGUUUAUCAGCACUCCAAGGCAUCUGAAUCGGUUUACAUUAUCAAUUUAUUGAGUUCCGAUGUUGAUUUUGACCUCUUUGGCAUCUCAUUUUGUAAAUAUCAUCACCUUGGUCUCGCCUGCGUUUAUUUUCAUUCCAUAUUUUAAUCCUAUGCUGUUAAUUCAGUCGAUCAUCUUCUACAUCUGCGCUUCUGUCCCAUCAAGGAUUACUUUGUUGUCUGUGUAGCUUAUUUUGUUUAUUCUCUUCCCAUUGAUCUUGAAUCCAAUGUAUUUCUUCUGCAUAAUACUUUGAACAACCUGGGUAAGAGGGGUUAUCCUUGCCUCACACCUCUCUUUAUACCACAUCCGUUCUCCAAGUACUCAGUUCCAAUCUUGAUGUUUACGCUUUGCUCCCAGUACAGGUUCUUGAUUAUUUGCAGGUCAUUGUCAUCAAUAUUGUAUUUUUUCAGGAUCUCCAACAUCUUCUCAUGGUUGACAUGAUCAAAUGCUUUCUCAUAAUUGAUGAAGCAAGCAAUGAUUUCCCUACUUGCAUUAAUGAUCACUUUCAGCAGGGUGAUUGCAUCUCUCCUCCCUUUUUUCACUACAAAUCCAUAUUGCGUUUCACUUAGAUCUUCACCUAUCUUCUUUUCAAUUCUGGCAUUUAUGAUGGAGAGUAGUAGCUUCAGUGUGUGGCUCAUUAAUGCGAUGGUUCUCUAUAUUCAGAGAAUUUUUGCGAGUUGUUCUUUCUUGGUAUUAGUACAAAAUUUACUGCUUUGAAGUCCUUAGUCAGCGUACCUUCAUCAUAUAUUUCGUUUAUCAUUUUCAACAGCUCCUUUUCAUACUCUGGUGUUAUAUGUUUAAUCAAGUCUACUGGUAUGAGAUCUUCCCCAAGCACUAAAAGCAGAACAGCUGCAAUACUAGCAGGACACAUCGGCAAAAACCAGGACAAAACCAGAAUCCGCAGCACUUGCAGAACUGUUGAGACACCCUGAUAUUUCAGGCUAUACCCUCCUGGAGAUUUACAUUAUCCACUCCAGUAGCAAAGGAUUGCUGUACACAGUUCACCAUCUGAAUUCGCCUAAUUUACUCCUUCUGGAAUUGUGGGAGUAUUAUGAACUCGAUCCCCUCAAGAAUAGAUACAGUUCUGACUUGGAUCAGAAGACAGAGGAUGGAGAUAUGGAAUUAUUAUACCAAAAUCAUUUCGCGUACCAGUUCGUUUCAGAUGACGAUAUGCCAACAAAAAACCUACACCGUACAACUUUUUUUCGCUUCAAUUAUUUUCCUAUACCUAAACACAAAUCUAUUCUCAGGAGUAUGAUAAGAGCUGACAACUAUAUUCGACUGUAUAGUAAAGAAACCAAGAAACCAUUGACCAUAUACUCUGGUAGAAGUCAGAAAACAAUACUCAGAAAACCUUAUCAUUGUGCUCCAGAAUUUAUUUGCAAACCCGUCCCCUUUGAGAUAGAUUUCUUUUGGAGAAUUAUAAAAGACGAGCAAAACAACGCUAUUAUUUUGGUAACCCAACUCACUCAAGUCUUAUGUAACGAGAAAACGUACAUAUGCCACAAAAACCGUGACGUAUUACAAUCGUAUUGGUGGCAUGGCGGCUGUAUAUACACCUGUUCUGUGGAUAAAGAUAUAAUUGAACUACUACAACUGCCUCAAGGUCAGUUGAAGAAUACUGGAACAUUGGAUGUUUCAUUCGCCAAAAAAAUAGAAACAGAAACAACCGAAAGCCCGCAAAGUUCACCCAAGUCGUCGAAUGCCAAAUCUCCUGCUAAGGUCACCAUGCAAGACUUUAUGAGCAAAAAAACUUUCAUGCUCGCACUAUUGGCUUACGAUGCUAGUCUGGCAGAAACGGUGGUUGAUCACAAUCCACCACAAAGCUCCGGUUUUUUCGACAUUUUAUCCGGUUCCGGUGGUCAUGGUGGAGGUGGAGCAUGGUUCGAUGGUGGAGGAGGAGGAGAUGUGGGAGGACACGCAGGAGGGGACGACGGUGGAGGCGCUGGUGCAAGCGACUGAAAGGUGUUGGAUUCAAUCAAGCUGAAAUAUAGCAUUCUUUUAAUUGAGGAGCUCAUUGCAAAAAAUAGCCCUUGUCAGUUUGAAAAAAAUUGGGGAGGUGCUUUUCUCCACUGCAUUGUAUAGAUGCAUCAGUAUUGCAUCCCUCCAAAAGAUUUUCUGAGAAUAGGUAACAGGAACGCUACUCGAGUUGAUAAAAAAUAUCAUUUUGAACACAGCAGUAUACUAAUUCAUUUGGACUUGAUAGUUUUUUUUUUGUCUUGCUUGUUCUUUAUUUUCAUUAUUGACAAGGGCUAUUUUUGCAAUGAGCUCCUCAAUUGCAUCAUUGAUUAUUAUGCGCAUUAUGUUUUGUUUCUCGCGAGUAUCUCACUCACUCUCACUGCUCGUAAUACGAGUAAAUGAUUAUUGAUAUUCUCGUUUUGUAAAUGUUGAACCUCUAUAUGUAGCUGUAAAUAAAUACAUUAUUAUGCUCGUUAAAUUACAUGUAUUCCUUCGUCAAUCACGCAGUGGACUUCUUUACUACAAUACUACACACACACACACACACACACACACAC